AUGGCGACAAUUACAGCAACCGAGUUACAACCCGUCGACUUCAUCGCGUCUGGGGCCAGUCACCACAUGAUCCCACCGCCACGCAAAAGCCAUGAACCGCCAGCAGAAGCAUCGCCAACUUUGGAUGCGGCAGAAGCCUUGGCGGUAACAACCUUGGCUAAAACCCGGGCCAUUAUUGUCAUUGCUCAGCUGUCGGGCUUGACGCUUUUCGGAAGCUUCUGCAAUGGUGUUAUUGUGGUUGGUUUGCCAGCCAUGAUUGAAACCUUGGGGCUUGAAGACGGUCUCCUCCUCUGGCCGACUUCUGUAUUCUACCUCACUGCAGGAUCCUGUCUACUCAUGGCCGGGUCCAUUGCCGAUGUUGCUGGUACCAAGCGAGUAAACCUAAUGGGAUCUUUCCUGGGUGCUGUCGUGGCUCUGGCCUGUGGAUUUGCCCAGACAGGCGGCCAACUCAUUGCCUUUCGUGCCAUUCAGGGUAUCAGCUACGCAAUGAUCACGCCGUCGGCCAUUUCAAUCAUAUCGACCAGCGUCGAGGAUGGGCAGCCCCGCAAUAUCGGUUUCGCCUCCCUUGGCGUCGCGAGUACUCUCGGCUUUUCCUUGGGCCUGGUGCUGGGCGGAGUCUUUGUUGAUCACACGGGAUGGAGACCUGCUUUUUACUUUGCUGGAGCUACCAGUAUUGCUCUGUCUGUUGUUGGAAUCUGGGCAUUGCCGCGGGAUUCGCGACGACGGCAGGGGAAGAGCAUUUGGAAGCGCCUCGCCUCAGAGAUUGACUGGAUUGGAACGAUUCUUGCUAGCACCAGUUUGGCGACCUUGUCGUACGUUUUGGCCACCUUGUCGGCUGACGUCCACAACAUCCGUCAAGCAUCCAAUAUAGUCUUGUUGGUCAUCAGCGCCGUAUCGAUUCCAGCAUUUAUCGUUUGGAUGCACUAUCAAGUCAAAAACGAUCGCAUAGCACUCAUACCCAACUCGCUCUGGCGUCGUUCGGCCUUUACCAGUAUCUGCAUCAUGGCAAUCUUCACGACGGCCGUCACCAAUUGCAUGGAGCUUUUCAGCAGUUUAUUCUUUCAAGAAGUCCAGGGCUUCUCGGCAUUUGGAGCUUCGUUGCGAAUUCUUCCCUCCCUUAUCGCUGGGGGUCUUGCGAAUCUUUCAACUGGCAUCUUUGUCAGUCGUAUGCCGGUGAAGUGGGUGGUUUUGAUUUCAUCAGCUCUCAGUGCUGUAUCAGCACUAUUAAUGGCCGUCAUCCAGCCAGAGUGGCCAUAUUGGUACGCCGCUUUCUUUGCACAGAUUCUCGCUCCUCUUAGCACUGACAUCCUCUUUACCGUCGGUUUGCUCGUGGUUUCGGGCGUUUUCCCUGCCCAUAUGCAAGCCUUGAGUGGUGCCGUAUUCAAUACAUGCGCACAAGUGGGCACUGCGAUUGGAUUGACUGUAACCUCUGUUAUUUCUGCAUCCGUGACCGCGGCUUCGCACGAGACGGACAAGACAUCCCCCGGCGCUCUCAUGGAAGGCUACCGCGCCGUCUUUUGGACAAUGUUCUCCUGGAUGGUGGUCGUAUGUUUGGUAUCUGCCCUGGGACUGCGCCGAGUUGGAGGAGUUGGUGUCAAGCGGGAUUGA